AUGGUCGGCGUCCCUCACAGUACCGGUUGUGCUCUCUGCAAGGAACGCCAUAUCAAACAGCUUGGCGACGGAAUCCAGUGCGAUGAAGCAAUCCCCGAGUGCACCCAAUGUCAGCGAUAUGGCCGCACCUGCCCCGGAUAUCGUCGAACAUUCCGAUUCCAAGACGAAGGGCCGAGUUUGGCCCGUCGACAUCGUGCCCCUCGACGACGAGGGCGGGGUGCCUCCACGGGGCCCGCCACGCCAAGUACAACGGCCUCGUCGACGCACAUGGAGCCCCUCGAGCCCGUCGACUCCCCCGGCGGCGAUGGCGCCGGGGCCGCAGCGGUGGUACGGGAGAAUGCGAUCGCCCUGAUGCGUCGACACUCGUCGACGAUUUCGCUGGACGAGAGCGUCUCGCCGUCGUUGGUGCGCAAAACAUUCCAGGCGGCACAACCGCAGCUAUUUUUGGACUUCAUUAGUGCCUCGUUCCCCACUCUGUAUUUUCACAACCACUUCCGUGCUGGCACUGAGCCCGGCUUUGCCGAGUUCAUUGUCAUGAAUUUCGGCCAGGAUGCCUUCAUGGAUUCGGCCAUCUGCUGCUUGAGCUCGGUGUAUCUGGCCCAUCUUACCCAAGAUCCGGGUCUACUCAGAACAAGUCGACGCAUGUAUGGCCUCUCAUUGCAGGAAGUCGUCCGAGCCCUCAACAACCCGCGCCAGGCAAUGUCCGACAAUAUGGUUUGUACAGCCAUGAUGUUAAGCGUGUUCGAAAUGUAUGCGCAAACGAGUCCCGGGGCCUGGGUGAUUCAUUCAGAUGCGGUAAAACGACUAAUGAUGAGUCGUGGCCCUGCACAGCAUGAAUCGGGCUUUGGACGCUCGUGCUGGAUUGCCUUUCGAGGCUUCCAUGUGGCAACAGCUGUCUACGAGGGUCAACCCUGCUUCCUUGACCAGGAGGAGUGGCAGCGGUACUCCCUAAAGAUCAUGGCGGAAGAUGCUCAAAAACCAGGAGAAUGGUCCGCCUACGCAGUCACCUCUGACAAGGUCUUUAUGGAGAUAGCAAAAUGCCCACGGUACAUUAGUGAGGCACGGGAUCUUCUCUCCGGCCAAGCUAGCUCGGAUCAAACCUCCACCGAGGCCCUGAUGCAGCGUAUCCAAGAAACAUCCUGUCAAUUACGCGCACUGAAUAUUGAACUCGGAGCUUGUAUCAGCGCUCACGGCCAACGCCAACAAGGCAUUGUCCGACGACCCGAGACUUUCGUCGGUCCCGUCCCCGAAGUCUUCCCAGAGACCGGUCCCUCCCUCCUCCUUCGCGGGUCAGAAAGUAUCCUGGAAACUCUUCGUCAACUCAGUGACCGUCUUGACGAUCAAUUACGUUGCACUGUCGUUGAGGACCUCUCCCCAGACACAGUGGUCGAGACGCCGCCGAGCGAUGGAAGUUUCGACACCCCUUCGCCGCCGACUACGGGCAGUCCUAGAACAUUUACCCUCCCAUUCCGUGUAUACUCCGAGCUCGGCCGUGGCCCAUCUCAAACAUCGGAUCGCAAUGACCCGCGUGCCGUCAUAUGGCUAGACCGUGUGGCCUCGUCGAUGGGCAUGCUUGGUACGAAGCUCCUACCAGGUGAUGAAUCUGUUGGUUGCGUUGAAGAAGACACUUGA